AUGAGCUCAGAAAGUGCUACCGUUCCGGCUGCUGAAGUCACAGCUGAAGAUGUAUUAUGGUACAUUCCAAACAAGAUCGGAUAUGCCCGUAUCGUCACUGCGGUGAUAUCUUUCUUCACUAUGCAAAAUUGUCCUAUCUCUACUGCCAUAGUAUACACUAUCUCCUGUUUAUUAGAUGCCUUAGAUGGUACCAUGGCUAGAAAAUAUAACCAAGUGAGUCGUCUAGGUGCUGUCCUAGAUAUGGUUACCGACAGAUCUACCACUGCCGGUCUACUAUGUUUUUUGACAUUGGCAUAUCCAACUUGGGGUCCAUUCUUUCAAGUUCUAUUAGCUCUAGAUAUUACAAGUCAUUACAUGCAUAUGUACGCCAGUCUUGCUAUUACCGGUGGUUCUCAUAAGAACGUCACUAAAGAAUCUUCCCCAUUGUUACACUUGUAUUAUUCUAGAAGAGAUGUUCUAUUUACAGUAUGUUUCUUUAACGAAAGUUUCUUCGGUGGGUUAUACUGGAUGGCCUUUGACAGGUAUUACACUGCAGGUAAAUGGAUUGCAAUCAUCAGUUUCCCAUUGUGGGCUUUCAAGCAAUUUGCUAAUGUCAUCCAAUUACAAAGAGCUGCUGUUUUAUUAGCUACCGAAGAUGCUAAGGACGCUAACGAAAGAAACAAGGCCAAAUAG